AUGUAUUUAACUCAAUCUUUAAUUGAGUUUUGGAUAAACGUGUAUAUAUAUAUAUAUGCAGCCAUUUUCAAUAGAUUUACGGAAAAUAACGGUGAAUUCAAGAAGAGCCUAGUCGACAGUAACGAUGAUACUAAGGGUGUGUUAAGUCUAUAUGAAGCAUCAUAUUUGAGAAGACAAGGGGAGGAGAUUUUGGACAAGGCUUUUACUUUCUGUAAAGCCAAUCUAGAGUCUAUUGCUCCUAAUUUACCCGAAUCGCCUCUCAAGAAACAAGUUUUGCAUGCUCUUGAUCAGUCCCUCUUCCGGAGCAUCCCGAGAGUUGAAUCGCAUUAUUUCAUAUCGCUGUACGAUGAGUCCAAACCAAAGAACGAGUCGUUGUUGAGGCUGGCGAAGUUGGAUUUCAAUUUGCUACAAAUGUUGCACAAAAAGGAACUCUAUGAAGUAAUGAGGUGGUGGAAGACAGUUUCCCGGGUUUCCUAUGCUAGAGAUAGAAUUGUUGAGUGCUAUUUUUGGGCUCUGGGGAUUUAUUCCGAGCCACAAUAUUCUAGUGCUCGAAUUAUUCUGGCUAAAACCAUAGCCGUUAUAACUAUUAUUGACGACACCUAUGAUUCAUAUGGUACAGUCGAAGAACUACAUGUUUUCACCGAUGCCAUACAAAAAUGGGAUAUAAGCGAAAUAGAUCGACUCCCAGACUACAUGAAGAUAUGCUAUAGAGCUCUAUUAGAUCUUUAUGAAUCAUUCGAUGCAGAGUUAUCUCCAAAAGGAAGAUCAUAUGCUGUUCAUUACGCCAAGGAGGCGGCGAAGGAAAUUGUGAGGAGUUACUACGCUGAGGCUAAAUGGUUCGUCAAACGUGAUCAUUUGCCGGCAUUUGAUGAGUACAUGCGCCAAGCAGAGAUUACCUGUGGUUGCUACUAUUUGACCGUAACAUCCUUCGUUGGCAUGGAAAAUGCUACAAUUGAAGUAUUUGAUUGGCUUUUGGCAAGACCUAAAAUUCUCAGAGCUGAUAACAAAGUAACUCGUAUCAUCGAUGAUAUUUCCACCUACGAGGACGAGAAGAAAAGAGGGCAAGCUACGACUGGGAUUGAUUGCUACAUGAACGAGCAUGGUGUAUCGAAACAAGUAGCAAUGCAGCGCUUAAAUGAAAUUGCUGAAAUUGGAUGGAAAGAUCUGAACGAAGGGUUCUUGGAUAAUUCUGUCUCGAUGGAGAUUCUCGUGCGAGUUUUCAACUGGGCAAGAGUAGCCGAGAUCACUUAUAAGCAUGAACAAGAUGGAUACACGCAUUCGGAGAAAGGGCUCAAGCCUCAUAUCAUAGCAUUACUUGUUCAUUCUUUCGAGAUCUAGUCGAAAUGCUCGCGCAGUAAUAUGUUUCAAUAAUCAAGAUAUUCUUUAUUUGUUAUGAAUUAAUUCUUAUAAUAGACUAUGAUUAAUUGUCAAUUUAUUUUA